CCCACCUGCACCCCGAGACUUUUCCCACACCACGAUUUGCAGGGGGCGCUGGGGAAGCGCCUUGCGCAAAAGCGCAGCGCACAAACUCCCUGUCAGGCCGGCGCCUACGAUCAGCACCCGCGCCAUAGCCGCACCGACAGAGCGCGAGACGGAUGAGCCUCGCUCUUCAGAGGCGGGCGCGGAGGAGUCCCCUCCUUUCUUCCUGCCUCUGCCCGGCAGAGCCGUCUUGCCUUCGUCCGCCGUUAGAGGGAGAGAGGGGGCCGUUUGUCUGCGGCUGUGUGUACGUGUGUGCUGUGGCGGUUUGCGAGCGCGGAGGCACAACGCGGAGCGGGUCACGGAGCCCGAAUAGCUGCCGCCUCUCACGCAGCUCUUUUCCCUCUUUUGUUCCAGAAGGGGCUCUAUCCUGCCUGCCUCAAAACUUCUCACUUGAGAACUGUGUGGAACUAUAUAAUGAAAAGGGGUUUGGAAUACAGAAGAUACAGUUUCCUAUGGUAAGAUCUCCAUGAUGAGAAUAAAUACUUUAUAAAUUAUUCACAUGUAGCUCUGCAUGGGGCAGCUCCUGUAGCCACAGUGAAACCUGCGAAAGCUCCAGCACAGCAGCAGUAUUUGCGUAUCUUCCUGAGGCAGUGGUCAAGGUGCUACAGGAUGUGGCUACUGAUCACUAUGCUGGCUGUACUAGGAACUGCGAAUCUGGAAGAAGCCCAAACCAAAAUGAAUCCUGAACAAUUUAUGAAUGUGAGUGAGAAAAUCCAGUACUGGGGCUAUCCUUGUGAAGAGUAUGAAGUACUCACACAUGAUGGUUACUAUCUGAGCCUCAACAGAAUUCCAGGAGGCUCAAAAGCAGCUAUAUUGCUGAUGCAUGCCCUGAUUUUGGAAGGCAGUGUUUGGGUAGCAGAUCUGCCCAAUAAUAGCCUGGGAUUCAUACUAGCAGAUGCUGGAUAUGAUGUGUGGAUUGGAAACAACAGAGGCAAUUCCUGGUCUAGAAGACACCAGUUUCUUACAAUUGAUCAACAGGAAUUCUGGGAUUUCAGUUUUCAUGAAAUGGGCGUUUAUGAUCUUUCAGCCAUGGUAGACUUUAUUCUACAAAAAAGUGGACAGAAAAAAAUCUUUUAUGCUGGUCAUGCUCAAGGAGGCACUAUAGGUUUUGUGGCAUUUUCUGUGGUGCCUGAACUUGCUGAAAAAAUUAAGAUGUUUUUUGCCUUAGGACCUGCAUAUACAUUCAGAUACAAUAGAAGUCUACUUUCACCAAUACUGUGGUUGCCAACAGCAUUUCUGAAGAUUAUAUUUGGGACGAAAGAACUGUGUCUGUUGAGUCCAAGACUGAGAGCAAGUAUGGCCCAAAAAUGCAGUUCCCAGUUACUGGAUGUGCUUUGCAAGCAAGUUCUUUUUCUUGUUAGUGGAUUUAAUGAAAAAAAUUUAAAUCAGAGCCGUGCCGAUGUGUAUGUAUCAAUAUUCCCAGAUUAUACAUCUGUGAAAAAUUUAAUCCACUGGAGUCAGUCAGCUAAAACAGGGGAAUUCAGAUUCUUUGACUAUGGCUCAAGAAAUAUAGAAAAAUACAACCAGACCAGUCCUCCUUUGUACAGGAUAGAAGAGAUCACAGUGCCGAUUGCAAUGUGGAGUGGAGGACAGGACUGGGUUUGCCAGCCAAAGGAAACUAUGGAAUUAUUGUCUCGAAUCACUAAUCUCAUUCAUUACAAACAUUUUCCUGAUUGGAUUCACUGGGACUUCAUUUGGGGACUAGACGCUGCUCAGCGCAUGUAUGUGGAAAUCCUUGGAUUGAUGGAGAAACACUUGUGAAUUCAUUUGUACCGGGAUUAAGGACUUGGAUUUUUUAAGGGUACAUCUGUUGGUUUCACAGUGCUUAUUUUUGGGUUCUCACUUCCUGUUAUUUUCAGUGGAUGGAUGAGUUUAAUUGGUUACAAAACUGCAUCUCUCUCAAGAAUCUAAUAGCAAAAUAAUUUGCUGCAUUUCCUAAUUUGUUCUUACUAUAGAUGCAUGCAUUAAAAAAAAAUCAUUUUAAAAAUUUCUUUUAUUAAAAACUAAAACAUCGUAGCAUGCUCACUUUA